GCAACCGCAGUUCGUCUCGUCACUCGACAGCUUAGCUUUCAUACUCGUUCGCUCGAUUCGACCGCGACGUCCAUAUUUUCGACCAUAGUUGUACAAGAAUCAUUUCGCCGAAUCUUUCGGUACUGAUAGAAGUUUUAUAACAGUGCAAAUAGAAGGAAAAUUAUUAAUUUAACGAUGUCGAUCCUUACCGCUCGUUUGGCUGCCCAAGUGGCUCGCCAGCUUCCGAGGUCCGCCACCCAAGUGGCUAAAAUCGCUGUUCCAGCGGUCCAGGUUGCAGCUCGGAAUCUGCAUAUUUCGAGCGUAAAUCGCGGAGCGGAAAUUUCAUCUAUUCUGGAAGAAAGGAUUCUCGGUUCGGCUCCAAAAGCCGAUUUGGAAGAAACUGGACGUGUGUUGAGUAUCGGUGACGGUAUCGCUCGUGUGUACGGUUUGAAAAAUAUUCAAGCCGAUGAGAUGGUGGAAUUUUCCUCUGGCCUUAAGGGAAUGGCUUUAAAUUUGGAGCCGGAUAACGUCGGUGUUGUCGUUUUCGGUAACGAUAAGCUCAUCAAGGAAGGUGACAUCGUCAAGCGUACCGGUGCCAUUGUUGAUGUUCCCGUCGGUGAUGAAAUCUUGGGCCGCGUCGUUGAUGCCUUGGGAAAUGCUAUUGAUGGCAAGGGAGAAAUUAAGACCGGCCAGCGUUUCCGUGUCGGCAUCAAAGCUCCUGGUAUCAUUCCCCGAGUCUCUGUGCGUGAACCUAUGCAGACUGGCAUCAAAGCUGUAGACUCGCUGGUGCCGAUUGGACGUGGACAACGUGAGCUUAUUAUUGGUGACAGACAAACGGGCAAAACCGCUUUAGCCAUCGAUACUAUCAUCAACCAGCAGCGUUUCAACAACGGAACCGACGAAUCGAAGAAAUUGUACUGCAUAUAUGUUGCAAUCGGCCAAAAACGAUCCACCGUCGCCCAGAUCGUGAAACGUCUGACUGAUGCCGGUGCUAUGAAGUAUACCAUCAUCGUGUCUGCCACUGCUUCCGAUGCUGCUCCUCUACAGUAUCUAGCCCCGUAUUCCGGUUGUGCAAUGGGAGAAUACUUCCGCGAUAACGGAAAGCACGCUCUUAUCAUCUAUGACGAUUUGUCCAAGCAGGCUGUCGCCUAUCGUCAGAUGUCGCUGUUGCUGCGUCGUCCGCCAGGUCGUGAAGCCUAUCCUGGUGAUGUAUUUUACCUUCAUUCUCGUCUGUUGGAGCGUGCGGCCAAGAUGAACCCAACCUUGGGUGGUGGUUCGCUUACUGCUCUUCCAGUUAUUGAAACUCAAGCAGGUGAUGUGUCCGCUUACAUUCCAACCAAUGUCAUUUCAAUCACUGACGGACAGAUUUUCUUGGAAACUGAGCUGUUUUACAAGGGUAUUCGGCCAGCCAUUAACGUCGGUUUGUCCGUAUCACGUGUCGGCUCAGCUGCUCAGACCAAAGCUAUGAAGCAGGUUGCCGGUUCCAUGAAGCUGGAGUUGGCUCAGUACCGUGAAGUAGCAGCUUUUGCUCAGUUCGGCUCUGAUCUUGAUGCUGCCACUCAGCAGUUAUUGAACCGUGGCGUUCGUUUAACUGAAUUGCUGAAGCAGGGCCAGUAUGUUCCGAUGGCUAUUGAAGAACAAGUUGCUGUUAUCUACUGCGGUGUACGAGGUUUCCUCGACAAAAUGGAUCCAGGAAAGAUCACUAACUUUGAGAAAGAAUUCUUGGCUCACGUCAAAACCAAUGAGAAGGCCCUCUUGAGCCAAAUUGCUUCAGAAGGCAAAAUCUCGGACGAAACCGAAGCAAAACUAAAGAGCAUUGUGACUAACUUUAUGGCCACAUUCAGCGGUUAAACAUUAAAAUGUCAGAUAAAUAUAUCCACCAGAAAUCAGCAACGUUUCGGCUUCGUCAGCUCACUAGCUUUAUUUUAGUGGUUCAACGAAGCUGCUUGGGGUAAAAACAUCUUCCGCCAACAACAAAAAUUUAACAUCUUAUAAGUUAGCUUGAAGAUUUGAGAAAGAGGCAUGAAAUAAACUAAUUACGAUACCGGCAUAAAAAAGAACGAUAAGAAGACAAAAUUGUAGGGAGGAAACUAAAGCGAAAAAUCUUUCUGUGUCCCUUAAGUUUUAGUAAUACUUGCUAAGUAACUUGUGGAUGUCAAAUACAGUUUCCAAGU